CAGCUCCCGGCAUGCUCCAGGGGUGCAUACGCAGGGCUGUGGCUUACGGUGGACGGAGUAGGUCGCUGCUGCCGCCCGGGUCUGUUGAAGAAUAAGACUUGGUUUUAAAGUGUUUGAGGAACUUGCUGCUGCUCGAGUCAUGACACUCCCAUUUCGAAAGGACUUGGACAAGUACAAAGAUCUCGAUGAGGAUGAAAUUCUUGGCAAACUUUCGGAAGAAGAAUUGAAACAACUGGAAACUGUUCUGGAUGAUCUUGACCCUGAGAAUGCACUGCUGCCUGCAGGCUUCCGACAGAAAGACCAGACUGCUAAAAAGGCUUCAGGUCCCUUCGACAGGGAACGGCUCCUGGCAUACUUAGAGAAGCAGGCUCUUGAGCACAAAGACAGGGAAGACUAUGUGCCUUUUACAAGAGAAAAGAAAGGGAAAAUAUUUAUCCCUAAGCAGAAGCCUGUACAGUCUUACGCAGAAGAAAAAUUCACUCUUGAUCCAGAACUGGAGGAAGCCUUGACCAGUGCCACAGACACAGAAUUAGGUGACCUUGCAGCUAUACUGGGAAUGUCCCACUUGAUAACAAACUAUGAGCUCUGUGAUGUAGUAGGAAGCCGUAAUGGGGUUGACAAAGACAGCUUCUCAGAUAUAGUAAAAGGUGAAAAAAUGUUGCCUGUUUUUGAUGAGCCACCAAAUCCCACGAAUGUAGAGGAGACACUGCAAAGGAUUAAAGAUAAUGAUUCUCGUCUUGUUGAAGUUAAUCUAAAUAACAUUAAGAACAUACCAAUUCCAACACUGAAAGAAUUUGCAAAAGCCUUGGAAACCAACACGCAUGUGAAGCAUUUCAGCCUUGCGGCCACACGAAGCAAUGAUCCUGUUGCUGUUGCUCUUGCAGAUAUGUUGAGAGUAAACAUGAAGUUAAGAAGUUUAAACAUAGAAUCAAACUUCAUCACUGGAGUUGGAAUUUUGGCACUGGUCGAUGCACUGAAAGACAACGAAACAUUGACAGAGAUCAAAAUUGAUAAUCAGAGGCAGCAGCUGGGCACAAUUGCAGAAGUAGAAAUUGCCAAGAUGCUUGAAGAAAACACAAAGAUCCUCAAAUUUGGAUACCAUUUCACACAACAGGGACCUCGAGCCAGGGCAGCUGCAGCCAUCACAAAAAAUAACGAUUUGGUUCGCAAGAGGAGGGUUGAAGGAGACAUCUAGCACAUCUUGUCAGAACUGUUUGGAGAUUUCAAGGGUCAUCCAGGCACGGUCAUCACUCUGGGCUUUGGCAAUGUUGGACUACAUUUACCUGGGUUAGAAGGGAAAAGACUGGAAACCCCAUUCCUUUUAAAGCAAAGCUAUAUGAAUAAUCUGCUGGUAUGCAUCACGUUUUUCAGAUUGAGACACAGUAACUGCACCAGUUUCUGUACCACAGUCUUUGAUUGGGUUUUUUUUAAGAACUUUUUGUAUUUUAAGACUUUGGCUGUACUUUCUACUAAAAAUGUAAUUGCAAAUCAAUGUUAUAAUUGUCUGUAGUCAAAGAAUGGCACAUUCAGAGUCACUGGUCAGAUAAUGACCUAAUUGAAAUGUUGGAAAAUCUGGGGGUGCUUAUUUACAUGGAGGGGUGUGUAUAUUCUUGGAAACAAUGCAUUAGUGAUAAGGGAUUCUUCACACAACAGUCAGUCUCAUUGUGUAGAGCUGUUCAGCUUUGUUCAUGCACUGAAGAGAAAUCUUUCACAGCUAUCUCAAUUGUAAUUCUACUUUUUAUUUUAUACUGUGACUAAUUAAAGACAUCCCUUUAGACCCAGCAAAAAUAAAUUGGCAAAGGACUUUUUCCAAGAGAUUUGAGAGACUAAUAAAAAAGUGGAAGCCUUGAAAUAAUAAUUAAAAACAGUAGGUGCCUUGCAAAAUAACAGGUUUUUAUUACACCUAAACCCUGAAAGUCUUUUUCAAGAGAUCCCAUGACUGUAUCUUGCUCUGUAUCUGAACUGGAUAUAGUUUUAGAUCGAUUUCAUGUGUUCAACACCAUUUAGUUUAUAUUCCUCAUUUAAAAAUCUUUAUCUACAUUCAUAAGUAUCAAUUUCUCUAGAAGUAGUGGAGAUGCAUUUUUUUUAAUUCUGCAUAAUUCUGUACAGAAAAAGAUCCCCUGACUAUAAAACGACUGCUCAAAUUUGCUGGCAAAUGGAAAAAUCCUUUUUUUCAAGCUGCUGCAUUAUGCUAUCAGUACUUCAUAUAAAUCUGUCAUGUUUUAAAUAAAAUAAUGAAGUAACACUUUUAAGAAAGGAUUUUUCUAUUCUAUUUAUGUCUUGAUUUUGAAACACUAUGUAAGACAUGCAGAAAUGAACCAAUAUGCAGUGUCAACUCAGCAUGAUGUAUUUAAAGUUCUGUAUCUAAGCAAACUAAUAAGGCAACGAGAAUCACUUUACCUUCUGUACAUAAUCACAGUAGACUGAUAUAAUAUGGAAACCUAGGGGCUUUUUGGCACGGAUUGUCCUGUACUAGUUUGCUCACUGUUGUCAUGAGAUCACGAAAAUGUUCUGUAGGACUGCUCAGCAAUCUUUCUAGUGACAGAAAAUUCAACUGACAACUGUUUUCAUCACAGGAUCAUAACAUGGUGAGCAUUUAAUGUAUAGAAAACAUUGGACUAAGAUUUUUGCAUCAGGUUGUAUAUACUAUAAAAAAUUCAACAGAGCAACUCCCUGACACUCUGCCCACCUUGUCAUUUUCUGUACAUCUCAUUUUGGAUCUUUAAAGACAGACUUUAUUCUGGAGGUGACUUAGAAUUUUACUGCAACUGUACUGAGAAUUUUAAACCAUAGUGCCUUCAGUGAGGAUGUAUAUAACUGGCUUAUAGUUGUGGAAGAACAGUUUUUCUAUUUCAAAAUCAGCCCCUUGUUAUAAAUAAAUGUGUGCUUUGAAAAGUCAGUAUUCUGUUAAAACCAAAGACAAUGUGUAACUUCAAAACAAUCAAACUAUCUGACUAACAAAAAGGGCUUCUUUUGGUUUUGGCUUUGUAAAUUUUCAAGAACUGUUUAGAUUCUGAAAUUCAAGCUCUUGUAUAGUACACAUAGUCACAAAUUGUCUUUUUUACAGGCAGUGUUGUAUAAACAUGGCCGAAGCAUGUCAUGUGCCAAGUUGCCUAAAGCUGUGCUCUUACAUGCUAGGCACCAUAAUCAUUUUGUGUCAAAAACCAGGCUGUAAUAUCUUCCUUCAUUUGUUGAAGGGCUUCAUGGUCAUGGAAUCUGUUCAUGUAUUGUGAUUCUAUGAUGCUUUAUUUUAUUGUUAUCAAAGAAAUUAGGCAGUCAUCUGCUUGAAGAUGGAGAAAAUUAAUAUGAAAAAGGAUUAUGAAAAUUACAGCCUAAAUCCCUUCCUUUAUUAAAUCAAGAUAGCUGUUUAAUGAUUUCUAUUCCAAUCAAAGGCAGUGGCUUUUAAGCUGCAACUCAGGUGCCUAGUCAGAGAUGACAUUAGUAGACCUUAAUAAUGAAUUUACUUCUGUAGGCAGCAGCUGAGCAUUUGACUGCUUGUUGGCACUUCCAGGACAGGUAUCUGACAGGCUGGGCAGAGAGAAUGAGUUUGGUUUAUUUUCAGCCAGAAGGGUUUGGCCCUCCAACUUGGUGCAAGACGUGGCAUGGUGCAUGGGCCACUUACUGCCAUCACUUUAGUGCCUACAGUGUGUAUCCUCAUUGGAAUAAAUGAAGGAAUUCAGUCUGUAGCCAGGAAUCAUGAACAGUCUCAACAAGCAAAGCGAGCGUGCAACCUGGUCCAGUAUGAAGUGUCCCUGCCCAUGGCAGGGGGUUGGAACUGAAUGAUCUUUAAAGUGCUUUCCAACCCAAACCAUUCUGUGAUUCUAUGUAAUGCUAUCAAAUGUAGUGAGAUCUUGUGUAUGACUUCAUUAUUUAUAAGGGCAAAACAUAUUUGGUUACCAGCUAUCAUAACCACAAGAUUAUUUUUUUUUUUCUGAAAGAGGUGAUACUUUUUUCCUCCUGAUUAUAUUUCAGGCUUAAAGCAGAAGUGAAAUGACCACAUACAUUGAUAUAUUGAUUCUGUUGGUUCCAAGCUAAGCACACAAACAUAUCCUGUAUUCCAAAGCAAUUAUCUAUUUACUUUUGUAUUUUAAAGAAACAGCCUUAUUCUCUCUCCAGCUUGAAUAAUACUGUUUGUAAGCUACAAAGGAGCAAGUGUUCAAUUUAAAUUUCCAUUGAGGAAACAUGAAUUGAGUGUUUUGGCAUAUCAGCACUAUAUGCUGUCAGAUUGUAAAGCAGUGGCAGUUUCAGAUGAUUAAAGUACUGUAUUCUUGUG